ACCUUUAAUAGAUCUGUAUGGAUAUUCUGUAGCAAAGUCUUUAACACCAUCCAGAUUUUAAAAUAACUGCUUUUUUCCUCUCUCAAAAUCACGUUCUUUCGGCAAAACAACUGCAGGCUUACUCAUCUCUCUCUCCCAACUGCAAGCCAAAGUUUUUCUCUUCAACCGUAUAAAUUUUUGCUGAAGUGGGUUCAACUGAACCCCCUCGACUCUACAUAACUCCGUCCCUGAGCGAGAAUUUAUAGAUAUGGAACAAUCUACAAUCUGAUGAAAAUCAAAGAGUGAGUUGGAGAAAUGUCAAUGUAGUGAAAACCUUUUUAGAGACUUGUAUUGAAGAAGUAUCCUUAAACGGGAGACUUAGAAGUAGUUUGAAGCCGGAUUCAUGGAACAAGGUUAAGCUAGCUCUGGAGACUUCUCAUGGUUUAAGAGUCACCCAGAAGCAGAUGAAGAAUCAUUAUGAUUAUCUAAAAGAAAAAUAUCAAGCAUGGUUGCCGAUAACUAAAAAGUCCGGCAAUAUUUAUGAUCCAACAACCAAUACUAUUCGAAUGUCUAAUACUGAGUGGGAUGAGUACAUAAAGGCUCAUCCAAAAGCAAAGACUUUGAAGAGUUCGCCUCUACCUUUUCCGGAUCUUUGUACAACACUUUUUGAGGGUUUUACUGCAACAGAAGUUCAUGGUCAGAGUCCAAGCGGUACAAUUCCCGAGCCUAAUAUCUCUUAUGGAUCUACUGAUAAAGAUAUAGAUACACCUGAUGAUGCUGAAGAUCUACUUCGUGACAAAAAUGAUGGAGCUUCUAACAAUUCUCUGUCUCAAUCUUCAAUUCCAGUUGAAAGGAAAAGUUUAGGAAUUAAGAGAAAAUUCUCAUCGUUGCAAUUGGAAAUUGAUGAGAAGAUGAGUAUUGCAUUGGAGAUAUUGAUUAAAAAAAAUAGCGGGCCUGACAUUGAGGAAUGUAUGGACAAAUUAGAGGGACUUGGAUGGGAAGAACCGUUAUACAGCGCAGCUGUUAGUAUACUUUGUGAAGGUGAUAGUCACAGAAAAGUAUGGAUGAAAAUGAUAGAGGUCGACAAAUUAGAGAGUUGGAUCAAAGUCAUGGGAAAAAAGAUGGGAAUUCUUUGAUUUUGCUAAUUAGCUAGAAUAUACUUUAGAUGUUGAUUGUAUGGAACCUUUUCUUUCUUGUUUCUCAACUAGUAUUUAUUAUGCUAAUGGAACUUUGUGACUCUAUAAUAUGCUUGUGGAACACUUUCUGUUUGUGAAAUACACUUUUUUUAAUGUCU